UAAAAAUUGUUUAAUUUAAUUACAUAUAUUGGAAUUAGGAUUUGUGGAUGUAACUUUUUCUUUCUAAUUUUUCUUCAUUGCAAUUUCUUUGCGUUUACUUUCAAGACACUUCGGUGGCCAUCACAUCUACGCAAAAUACUUGAAACUUCCUUGCUUUGAGUCGCCUUUCUCAAAUAAAUUCUGGCUUUGCUCUGUUACAAAACUAAAAAAAAUUAUCACUUUGCUGUGGGGGAAUUAAUUGCUGAAUCCUUCUCUUCUCAGUUCUCAUCAGUAAGGUUAAAGAAAGGAAAAUUUUCUCAUCUUUUGAGUAAGAGUGAAGAAAGGAAAAUUUUCUCAUCUUUUCAGGAGUUUGCUUCUCACAACUUGGAAGGGGAAAAAUGGAGAUUGUUAUUGGCAUCCUUAGCUUUAUUGCCACAGCUGCAAAGCACACCUUCUCUCCCAUAAAAAACCAUAUCAAACACCUUUCCAAUCAUGAGAACCAGGUACAGACCCUCAAGAAUCAAGCUGAGAGCCUGAAGGAUGCAAGAGAAAGAGUGUGGCAUUCCGUUGAUGCUGCUAACAGAAACGGGGAAGAGAUCGAACAUGAGGUUGACAACUGGUUGACUAAAGUCGACAAGAAGAUCGCUGAAGAAGUAGAGAAAGUAAUGCAAGAUGAAGAAAAAGCAAAGAAAAAGUGUUUCAUCGGCUUGUGUCCUAAUUUUUGGACUCGUUACAAGCUUAGCGUGAAAGCUGAAGAGGAGGCGAAGGCUGUUGCUGAGCUACUCGAGCCGCAGGCCAAAUUUGACGGGGUUUCUUUUCGUGCAGCUCUACAAGGAGCCGCAUCAGUUAAAUGUUUCGAAGAAUUCGAGUCAAGGAAGUCGGUUUUGAAUGGAAUCAAGGAGGCGCUGAAGGAUGCUAGUAUCAACGUUAUAGGGGUGCAUGGGAUGGGUGGCAUAGGAAAGACUACAGUAGUCAAAGAAAUUGCUAGACAGGUCAAGGAGGGCAAGUUAUUUGAUUCCGUGGUUAUAGCAACCGUAACUCAGACCCUUGAUGUUAAGGGAAUUCAAGAUCAAAUUGCAGAUUUAUUGGGUUUAAGAUUCGAGGAACAGAGUAUGGUAGGAAGGGCACUUCGACUGCAAGAAAGAUUGAAAAAAGAGAAGAAGAUUCUUGUUGUUUUGGAUGAUAUAUGGGCAAAAUUAGAUCUUGAGGAAGUUGGGAUUCCUUUUGGAAAUGAACGUGAGGGAUGCAAGAUUCUGCUAACUUCUAGAGAUCUCAAUGUCUUAUCAAGUGGGAUGGAUACACAGAAAAAUUUUGCAGUUGACCUUUUAAAUGAAGAAGAAGCCUGGGACCUGUUUAAGAAGAUGGCUGGUGACUGUGUUGAAAGAUGUGAUUUGCAGGCUAUAGCUAUUGAAAUAGCAAAGAAAUGUGCGAGGCUGCCAAUCGCCAUUGCAACAGUUGCAAGGGCUUUGAGAAACAAAAGUUUGUUUGUAUGGAAGAAUGCUUUGUGUGAACUAAAGAGGCCUGCGUCAAGAAACGUCAAAGGGGUAACAGCGGGCGUAUAUUCAGCUAUAGAGUUGAGUUACAAUUAUUUAGAAAGCGAGGAAGUUAAGUUCACUUUCUUGCUUUGCAGUUUCUUAGGCCAUAAUGGGUUGAUUCAAGACUUGUUGAAAUAUAUAAUCGGUCUGGGUUUGUUUCAUGGCCUCCACACAAUAGAGGAAGCAAGAAACAGAGUAUUGACAGUGGUGAGUGACCUGAAAGCCUCUUGUCUGUUGCUUGAUAGCUACAACAGUGAACGGUUUGAUAUCCAUGACGUUGUUUGGUAUGUUGCUACGUCAAUUGCAAGCAGGGACCCUCGCAUUUUUGCACUAAUAAAUGAUGAUGUGCUGAAACAGUGGCCUGAAAACGAGGCGAUGAGAAAUUGCAGUGCGAUUAAUUUAACUUAUCCUGAUAUUAGUGAGCUUAGCGUGGCUCCUGAGGAGAUGGAGUGUCCACUUCUUUCCUUUUUCCAUAUGGCUUACGAAGGUUCGGUGGAAAUUCCAGCCAACUUCUUUAGACAAACAGAAAGACUCAAAGUCUUAGAUUUGACUGGAAUGCACUUUCCAUCCCUACCAGUGUCAAUCGAACGCCUCACACACCUUCACACGUUGUGUCUAAGCCAAUGUGCACUAGAAGACAUUGCCAUCGUUGGGAAGCUCAAGAAUUUAAAAAUCCUGAGCCUUGCUCGAUCAGACAUUGAAGCACUACCUCAGGAGAUAGCACAGUUGACUCGGUUAACGAUGCUAGAUUUGAGUCGUUGUACUAGACUCAAAAUCAUCCCACCAAAUGUCUUGUCGAGCUUGUCCAAAUUAGAGGAAUUAUAUAUGGACAAUAGCUUUGUUCAAUGGGAAGAUGAAGUACUCGGCAAAGAAAGGAGAAAUGCUAGUCUUGAGGAGUUAAAGCAUUUGUCUCAUCUGACCACAUUUUAUGCUCAUAUUCCUAAUGCCCAAAUAAUUCCAAAACAUCUGUUCAUUGAGUCAUUGGACAGAUACAGGAUUCUCAUUGGAGAUGAGUGGGAGUGGUCCAGAAACUAUGAAUACUCAAGAACAUUGAAAUUCAAGUUGUAGACAACCAUUUACAGGGAUCAUGGGGUAAAAAUAUUGAUGAACAAGACUGAAGAUUUACAUCUGGAUCAACUUAAAGGCAUCAAGAAUGUACUUGCUGAGUUAAAUAAUGGAGAAGAUUUUCCACAUUUAAAGAAACUUCACAUCCAAAAUGGUCGGGAGGUCCAAUAUAUCGCAACAGAGAAAAUUAAGCUUUCUCAAUUGCAGUCCAUGACACUUCAAGGUCUGCCACAGCUCAUCAACUUUUGCUCUCAAGACAAUAGGUGUUCCACAUCCCAACAGGAGGGAAACACGAACUCUGAGCCCUUGCCACUUUUCAAUACACAGUUUGUGUUACCUUACUUGGAAAGCCUGCGAUUGUCCUCAAUUAACCUCAAAAGAAUAUGGCACAGCCAGCUUUCAGAGACAUGUUAUGUUGUUCCGAAUUUAACGAGAUUGAACAUUGAGGGCUGUGACAACUUGGAAUAUCUAUUAUCGCCCUCUAUUGCUAGAAGUCUGGUGCAGCUCAAACACUUUAAGAUAGGGAAAUGCAUGUGCUUAAGAGAUGUAAUAUCUACAGACGGAAUAGAAGAAGAAAAGAAAGCUGUGAUUUGUUUACCUCGAUUAGGCUCCCUGGAGAUAAAGAAUCUUCACAAUCUCAUCAAAUUCUGCUCAGGAAAUUAUAAUAUUGAGUUCCCAUCCUUGAAAGUGCUGACGAUUGACAACUGUCCUAAAUUAGGAGAAUUUAUUAGUGAAAAUAAAAUGGAGGGGAACCAUCAUUCCAGUACACAAGCUUUCUUCAAUGAGAAGGUGAAUUAGUAGUCUUUAAUUCUUACUUCUGUUCUCUCUUUGUUUCGUUUCUCGUUGCAUUUUUGCCUUAAUUUUAUGAACUAACUUUAGCAUCGGCAUGUAUUAUUAUUAUAUAGGCGGCAGUUCCUAGCUUGAAAAGCAUGAGAAUCUCCCACUUGAGAAAUGUGAAGAAGAUAUUUCAUAACGAACUUCUAGCUGGUUCCUUCUGUAAAUUAGAAGAAAUGACAGUUGAAAACUGUGAUGAGUUAUUGACUGUUUUUUCAUCUACUAUAGUCGGAGUAUUUAGCUGUCUGGAAAAGCUUAGAGUGAACGAUUGUGAUUCACUAGAACAGAUAUUUGAGGUUGGAGGGUUAAGUAUCACAGAAACACACGCUGUAGAUUGCCAACUAAGAGAAUUGUACAUUUCCGACCUACCAGAACUGAAGCAUGUUUGGAACGAUCCCCUUGGAAUUCUUGCAUUUCAAAGUCUACGAAAAGUAAAUGUAUGGCGAUGUCCGAGUCUAAAAAAUCUAUUUCCAGCGUCUACAGCCAAAGAUCUUCCUCAACUUGAAUUUCUAACAGUGAGUAUUUGUGGGGUGGAGGAGAUUGUAUCGGCAGGGGAAGGAUUGGAGAAGCCUCUUAGGUUUAAGUUUCCUCAAUUGUCUUCCCUGCAGCUUACAUACCUGAAUGAGCUCAAAUGUUUCUACCCAGGGCAACACACGAUAGUUUGGCCGAUGUUGAAAAAGAUGGAUACAGAUUAUUCAACUUUACUAAAGAUAGUAGCUUCCGAACGUCUUAGCAUCCAAGAAUUGAAUGGGAAUGACCAACGAGAAUCCACAAUUCGACGGCCAUUUUUCUUGGUUGAAGAGGUAUGGUUAUGAACCUUCACUAUUUCCUUAAAAAAAUUAAAACAUGGUCACAUGCGUGGC